AACGCAACAAACGGCGAAAUGUCUACAAUAACCUCCAACGCUCUCCAGAGCUCGGUGCCACCGACCAUUCCCCUACCCUUCAACGCCAACCAGCCCGAGACGAUCCGCCUCUACCCGCUAUCAAAUUACACAUUCGGCGUCAAGGAGACGCAACCGGAGGAGGACCCGAGCGUGCUGGCGCGCCUGAAGCGACUCGAGGAGCACUACAACGCGCACGGCAUGCGGCGCACGUGCGAGGGCAUCCUGGUGUGCCACGAGCACAACCACCCGCACAUCCUGAUGCUGCAGAUCGCCAACGCCUUCUUCAAGCUACCAGGCGACUAUCUGCGGCCGGAGGACGAUGAGAUCGAAGGGUUCAAGCAGCGGCUGGACGAGCGUUUGGCGCCCGUGGGCAGCCUCGGCGAGGGCGAGAAGGCGGGUGACUGGCAGGUGGGCGACUGCCUUGCGCAGUGGUGGAGGCCCAACUUUGAGACGUUCAUGUACCCCUUUGUACCGGCCCAUGUGACGAGACCGAAGGAGUGCAAGAAGCUUUACUUUAUUCAGUUACCCAAGUCGAAGGUCCUCAGCGUGCCGAAGAACAUGAAGCUACUGGCUGUCCCCCUUUUCGAGUUAUACGACAACACCGCUAGAUACGGCCCACAACUUUCCGCCAUCCCCCAUCUUCUCAGCCGCUACAACUUUGAGUUCGUCGACGAGAACGGCGAGGUGGUGGCUGUUACUCCGGGCGAUGGAGACGGCUAUGUGCCCAAGACCAAGAUCCUUGCGAGUGGUGAUGAUGUGGAUAUGAAGACGGAAGAAGGCAACGGUCCUUAG